UCCCAACUCAUCAGAGAGCCCAAACUCAGGUUUCUCUCUACUUCCAUCCAUGGCGGCGGCGGGCGCUUGGCUCCGGCGAGUGCCGGCGGCGGCGCCGGCUAUGCCGCGCAUACCGUGCGCUCUUCCCGCCCUCCCGACACCUCCUCCGCCGGCCCCAGUCCUGGAGGCGCCUGCACUCGCGCUCCCCGCCCGCGGUGCCUUCAUGGACCUCAUGGCCGUCCCCAAGAAGAAGGUCUCGAAGUAUAAGAAGGGACUGAGGAAUGGACCCAAAGCUCUAAAGCCUGUUCCAGUGAUAGUGCGUUGCAGGUGUUGCGGCCGGGUGAAGCUGCCGCACUUUUACUGCUGCAGGGGGGAGCGAGGGAACCCUGAUUCUUCAAGCUCAUGAUGUGCCCAGCUUUGGAAUCUUUGAAACCGGAUAGAAAGAGACAUGAUGGGACGCCGGAUGCGCGAAGCCGAUAGACUAGAAGGAACUUAACAGUGCGCUGGUUCCAGUUCCUUCUAGUCGAUCCAUCUCCACUCUCCCUUUUUUUUCUUUUUGAAAUGAAUCCAUCUCCACCCUUGUAAUCUUGUAGUCAGUCUACUCUUUCGCCGGCGCGGCUUGGCAUCCUGAAAUAAUCAUCUUGGGAUCUUCAUAAAUAAUCUGUGUAUCGUCUUCAGGUGCCCUGAUUACGACUA